AUGACAGAUUCUGUGUUUCAGCUGAAUUGUCAAUGCAACAACUACCCGUGGGGAAAGACAGGGCAUGAUUCACUCGCAGCCAGGUUAUGUGAGAAGACACCAGGUACUGGAUUCAAGAUUCAAGAUGGCAAAGAAUAUGCCGAGAUGUGGAUGGGUGACUACCCAGAGUUACCUGCAAAGUCUCUAGAUACCGGCGAAGAUUUGCAUUCCAUUAUUGAGCGAAGAAAGAGCGAGUUGCUAGGAGCCAGCUGUAUUAAGAAGUUUGGGGUGGCGCUGCCAUUUUUGCCGAAGAUCCUCUCGAUUCAGAAGGCUCUUCCACUACAGAUCCAUCCCGAUAAAGAGCUUGCUGAACGUCUCCACCAAAAGGACCCCGAGAAGUUUGCGGAUACAAAUCACAAACCUGAAAUCGCGUUGGCUCUCUCGAAGUUUGAGGUCUUCGCGGGUUGGAAGCCUUUUGAAAAAGCUCGAGCUCUUUUCAACCUGAAACCUCUCCAAGGAUUUCUCCCGUCCAACACAACGGACUUCAGCGCGGAAGUCCUGAGAUCAGUUGCGCACGCCAUUCUUACUUCAACAGACAGUAUGAUUACGGAGACACAGAACGCUCUUGCGUCCAUUCCAAGAGAAAAUUAUGGCGACCAGUCUUACAUUGUCGAUCUUCUACCACGUCUACAGCAGCAGUACUCGAAGUCAGACCCGGGAAACCUGGUUGCCCUUCUCUGUAUGAACUACAUGGUGCUAUCCGCUGGUGAUAGUAUCUAUGUUCCCGCGGAUGGUAUCCAUGCGUACCUAUCGGGGGACAUCGUGGAGUGUAUGGCUCGGUCAAACAAUGUAAUCAACACCGGGUUCUGUCCAAGGGCGGAUAGGGAUGACAUCGAACUCUUUUCUUCGAGUUUAACAUUCAACUCCCAUCGAGCUGAGGAGAUGCUGUUGGAGAGCAGACCUAGUCCAAAAGGUCGCAAUGGCAAGACAGUGGUAUAUGCACCACCCCUAAGCGAAUUUAGCAUGCUUGCGACAAUGCUACAGCAAGGCGAGACUGAGACCAUUUCGCCCAUCCAGGGUCCGACAGUCAUGAUCGUCACCAAGGGCAGCGGGACGAUGACAGCAGAUGGCAAGACUUUCGACGUGAAGGAAGGCUAUGUCUUUUUUGUUGGCCAUGGCAAAGAGAUCAGUUAUAGGGCUACAGGGUCGUUGAGAAUCUACGCCGCUUUUGCGGAAUAA